ACUCGAACGCAUACAACAAUAUCUCAUCAAUUCACUGACACACACAACAAUCACAAAUACUAACUUGGAAAAAUAAAAAAAAAAAGAAAAACAAUACGAUGAACUCAACAACCGAACAUCGCCACCUGAAAAACAUAACUAACUUCAUCAAUUCAACCUCCAAAAACAUCUCAUCAAUCUUCACUCCAAAAUCACCAUUGUCAUCAUCUAUUUAUUAUAAUAAUAGUAAUAAUAAUAAUAAUGAAACGCCGUCGUUUUGUUCAAGUAGUUGUUCCUUAGAAAACUCGGAUUCUACGACGACGACAAGGUCAGGAGGGUUUCCAUCGACGAUGAGAAUAUCGAAUUUGAGUUCAACAGGUGGGCCCGCUUUUGUUGGUCAGGUCUUUAGUAUGUGUGACCUUUCUGGUACUGGUCUCAUGGCUGUUUCUACUCAGUUUGACAUCCCCUUUCUUUCCAAUAGAACACCACAAUGGCUUAAAAAGAUGUUUCAAGCAGUUAUAAAAAGCGAGAGGAAUGGCCCUGUGUUCCAAUUUUUCAUUGAUCUAGGAGAUGCAGUUUCUUAUGUUAAGCGGCUGAGUAUUCCUAGUGGGGUAGUUGGUGCCUGCCGGCUUGAUUUAGCAUAUGAACAUUUUAAGGAAAAACCUCACUUGUUCCAGUUCAUUCCAAAUGAGAGACAGGUGAAGGAAGCUAACAAACUUCUCAAGAAUGCACCACAAAACACUCGUAAGAAGAAAGUUGAAGGGGUUCCGGUAUUCACUGCACAAAACUUAGAUAUUGCUAUAGCCACUGCUGAUGGGAUUAAGUGGUAUACUCCCUAUUUCUUCAAUAAAAGCAUGCUAGAUGACAUUCUUGAAGAUUCAGUGGAUCAGCAUUUUAAUUCUCUAAUUCAAUCACGACACGUGCAAAGGCGUCAAGAUAUUAUCGACGACAACAUAGCUUCAGAUUUGCUGGAUGACAGUACAGAAAAUGUGUGGGAACCCCCAGAGGUUCAGGAAGUUAUGGAUGAAAUUGGCGCUCCUUCUAUACCAUUGAGUGUCAUUACAAAGGCUGCAGAGAUACAGCUUUUGUAUACAGUUGAUAAAGUACUUCUUGGAAACAGGUGGUUGAGGAAAGCCACUGGAAUUCAACCUAAAUUUCCAUAUGUGGUUGACUCAUUUGAGAAAAGGAGUGCUGCUUCCUUUCAAAGGGCAUCCAUGUUGCCUCAUGCUGCUCCAGAUUCCGAGUCUGACACUGAGAACAAACAACUACAGCAUUUUAAUUCUUCGAAACAUGAGUCUCAGAGUGAGCACAACCAAAAACCGGACUUCCAUUACCCCUUUGGAGAAUGGUUCACUAAUCCAUGGUUAAAACCACUUCACGAUCAUCAUAAUAUACCGGACAACAGAAAGGGAAGUAGUGGCAAAGAAUACUUAAAAGAGGAGGAACUGCAGCGAAACCCUUUUCUUCCAAAGAUCACCAUGGUUGGUGUGGCGACUGCUGAGGCUGGGCCAAUGAGCAAGGCGACUUUGAAAAAGACCAUGGAUGAUUUGACGAAGGAACUGGAAAGCACCGAUCAGGGAAACACGGCUAUCAGUUCUAACGAAUAUAAAUAUGAUGAUGAAAGGGACCCACUUUUUGUAGCAAAUGUGGGCGAUUACUAUUCAGGCUUGUCAAAAUCGAGUUCUGCUAGAUGGGUUCGCCCUAGAUCAACCAGAAGCUAAGUUUUCAAAGAUUGCUUCAUUUACAAAAGUCCUCUCUUUUCUUUGUAAUUCGUCGACAGGAAAUGUAAAUUAUCAUGAAGAUAUGAUGCAUUGAUGCCUGUUGUUACAAGUAAGAUGCUGUAGUUAAGUUAUAUGGGGCUCA